GACAAGAGCAAAUCGAAGGGCUAACGACUGAGCGAGUGCCACUAUCCCUUUGCUUGCCCUGGAGAGGAGAGGGUGCGCUAUGGGCGAUACAGGGAGCAGCUCCAUUCUGGUGCACAUUCUGGUGGUCGCCCUAUGCCUGACCGCCUUUGGCUUCGCCGUCGCCGCCGAGCGCCGCCGCAGCACGGGUUCAAUAGUCACAGACAGCUCCAAUGCCACAUUUUGUGUUUAUGACUCCGAUAUUGCUACUGGCUACGGUGUUGGUGCUUUCCUGUUUCUUCUCUCAGGCCACUCACUGCUCAUGGGUGUUACAAGAUGCAUGUGCUUCGGUGCACCACUUGCACCAGGUGGAAGCAGAGCAUGGUCCAUCAUAUACUUCGCAUCGUCAUGGAUCACAUUUGCAGUUGCUGAGGCCUGCCUAAUUGCCGGAGCAACAAAGAACGCAUACCACACCAAGUAUAGGGAUAUGGUAUAUGCUGGUAACUGGACCUGCCAAACUCUGCGCAAAGGAGUGUUUAUUGCCGGAGCAGUCUUCGUGGUGUUCACCAUGAUUUUGGACGUCUACUUCUACAUGUACUAUUCUAAGGCCACUAGCCAAGCUACAAAAAGGAUCAGUAAGACAACUCCCAGCGUUGGCAUGACUGGCUAUGCGUGAGCCACCUAAUGAAAGUCCCGGUCUGAUUAGAAAAAUAACUAUUUCUUUUUUUUGUGUCGUUUUUGUACCACUGCAACUAUUUCUAUGUUUGUUCUAUUUUCAGUAACACUGCAGUGAGUGAUUUGGGA